AUGGACUUCUUUCGCCGACGUUUCCAGGGAGGGGAACACCCUGCCGAUAUUCCGCUUGAAGGCCAAGAGGCUGGAGAUACUUAUGAUGGUCUUCCGAAUCCGAACUUGGGAGACCAACCACCUUCGAGCUCUAACCUAGAGGAUAGAGCCGCAACUGGUGGAGCAGACUUGGGAGAUCCAAGAUCUUCACCAGCGCAGGCCCAGGGAAAUGUUUGGUGGUCAGAAAAAGCAAACCGUGAGCUGUUGUUGAAGCACAUGCGACCUAGCAACUUGCCUGUUUCUGGAGAUGAGCCGCCGUACGAAACUGCAGAUAGGCUACCGAGGAGUGGCCCGGAGCAUUUCGACUUGGCUGCUGGAGAUAGUUCCGGUGCCUCCGGAGGCUACUCUGAAAAUAUGCUGCUGCUGGGAUUGCCAGAUGGAAAAGAGACCCCUGUGAGCAGUGAGGCUUCCAGGGCUGGACCUGGUCCGCUACAAGCUGAUUUGGGAAGGAGUUCGGCAGAUGGCAGACACUCUGGUUCAGAAGGCCGAGCUCUUGAGCCUGACAGGAAGGCGAUAGACGAUUUGGUGAGACUACAGCAACUUCUGGAAAGGUCUCGUGCGCCCGAGAUGGGAUGGCAACCGCCAGGCUUGAAUUCUGGCGCACAGGUGAGUGCAGCGGCAACUCUUCCUGCGACUGAGCUGAUUCACUUGGCUCAGCAUGGAAAUCAGGCUGCGGAUCCCUUCAUGAUGGCCAUUCUUCAGAGGUUAGAGCGGGCUGAAAGGCGCAUGCAGCGCCACCGCAGCAACCGCACGCAUUAUCCCUUAUUGACCUUGAUCCAGUGCCCGUCACCACAGGAGCCAUCCAAACUGGUACAAAAUUUGCCCCUUUUAGAAGUCAUCGAGGGCUCAGCCGAGGCCAGCGUGACUACGGGAGAUUGGAUGGCAAGGAUAGGACCCUUAAUGCGCAGUCUUAGUCCAGGCGCCCCGGGAUGGUGGUCUCAAGUAGUUAGUACUGCAACGGAGUACUACCAACAGUGGCUGAAGUCAGAUUCGCUUCAACGUCUUGCGAUCAAGUCGGAUGUGGUAGCACAGGGCGCAACGCUUGAGUAUGGGCAUCUACGAAGAGUGGAAGAAAGAGGGUCAGUUCUUGUGCUUCAGGCGUUUCCUCCUACCCUGCAAAGCGAAGCAGUAAGCGUACGGGCAUUAGGAACUGUAUCUCUUUUAUUCCUCGCUAUGACCAAGUAUCAACCGGGAGGAACUGGCGAGAAAUCUGCAAUCCUCUCAUUUUUAACGCAACCACAAUUAGAGGGAGGAAAUGGGGUACAGUCAAACCAUGCGGCGUUGCGUAAAUGGGAGCGUCUGUAUAGGCGCUGCGUCGAGCUAGGACUCGCCCCGCCAGACCCCACACUACUCGUAAGAGCACUAGACGGGCUAGGCAAGACCAUUGGAAACAAGUCCCCGCACAUAGCGUUCCGUCUUGCUACGUUCCGCCACCAGUAUCAACUUGAUGCAAUACCAAAUGAAACGAGUGUCUUGCAAUAUUGCCAAUUGCUGCUGGCAGAAGCAGAGGCUUGGAUGAUCGCUGCUUCCGCCGGGGGUGAGCCAGCUAAACAUCCUCGAGUUGCUACGAUGAACCAGGAUCCAGCAACCGCUCACGACAGCCCAGCGAAACCUCCUGCAGGUAAGGCUAAAGGGGGCAAUAAGGGUGGUAGAAAUAAGGGUGAGGGGGGCCCGUUAACUGCGGAAGGGAGCUGUAAGUUCUUCAUGUCCGAUGCCGGAUGCAGGUAUGGAAAGCCCUGUAUUCAUCCACAUCCGUCCCUGGCGCCUGCGGACGGAAAGUGUUUCAACUGUGGAUCGGUUGAGCAUGGAGCUGCGGAAUGCACUCGUCCUAAGGGAGCGAUUCCUGCUGCUAAAGGGGAUAGUAAGGGGCACAAUACGGGUAAGAGUAAGGCGGGAAGCCCUCAGGUAGAUCCGAAGGCUAACACCCCUAGCCCUAAGAAGCCCCCUAAGGCAAAGAAGGUAGAAAUAAGCCCUGAUGCCAAUGAGGGAGGCGCUGAUGCCCAGCUUAACUCCUUGUGUACCCCCAACCUGCAGCUUGAGCCAGAGGCGAUUUGCUUGACAGCGUCACUGAAAGGAAUCUCUGAGGACAAACCCCGUGGACUCGUGGACGGGGGAGCAAGUCACAACCUGAGAUUCGCUGGUCCACAUGAGUACAAGAGUGCCAGGGCGGUGACUGUUAAGUUAGCGUCUGGGAAGGCCUAUGACUUAAGAAUGAAUACCGUAGGUACGUUGCUGAGCCCUAACCCGAACGUGCAACCCAUAGUGGCAAUGGGCUUGUGUACACGGUUAUUGGGAUGUAAGGUCGCAUGGGAGGACAAUGAGUGCAAUAUACAUCACCCACUAGAAGGACCCAUUGAAGUGACGAUGGUAGAUGAUUGCCCAGAAGUCUCCCAUACCACAUGCCUUAGUCUGAUCCAACAAAUUGAAGAACAGCGUAGUAAGCUCAUGCUGAAGGCCCUGCGAAAUGAUUGCCCAGACCCCGCUGACUGGUUGCGUAUGCCGAAGGAUGAGUUCCUGGAGCAUCUUGAGGACUGGGCGUUGGACCUAUGGGGUUUGCCCUCGUCGAAUGCGCCACUGAUCCCAACUGAGGGAUACGGCAGCCAGGACACCGGGUUAAACAGGCAUCGGAGAAGAAGGAUUAACAGGGGGAAGGUGGUUCUGUGCUUUGCCCCGGGAAACCCAAAGUGGAACUUCAAGGGAUCCCAGGAAAUCUUGAGGGUAGACAACAGGCCGGGCCAGGGGCUAGAGAAUCAGGCGCUGUACCAGUAUCUUCUUCUGUGGGCUCGUGAGGGUCUCAUAGAGGGGGUUGUUGGGGAGCUGCCUGAGGGUGAUCUGGCCUUCAGACGAUGUAUUGUGCUGACCGAGGUAGCCCUCCAAGGAGUGUGGCACGGGUCAGCUAAGACCAAACAAGCCCUUGUCAUCUUAAAGUCACCAGAACAAAGCAAGCAGUGUCAGGAUGUUGGAGCACAAAAGGUGUCCGCCCGAUGGUCCCUUAAGCUGGUCUCUUUCGAUCUUGGAGCCUUGGAUGGUCUGUCCGUUGGGCCAACACAUGUCUUGACUAACAGUGGUCACUUGUGGGAAGCCCUUGAAGAGGUGCGAAUCCCCAGAAACGCACCGUGGAUCCCAUCGGAGCACUCUGAUGGGGAACCAGCUCGUCGAGUGUGGCCGACGUCCCUUUGCACUGUGGUUCACCAAGCCAUGGCCGAGUGGCAGCAGGGUUUGAAGCAUCGUGAGGACAAGGAUAGGCUGCGGGUCUCCAGGCUUCAGCACCUUCUUGCACUGGGGUGGGAACCGGGGGAGAUGGAUGAUGCGUGUAUCCUUCGGUCUUUGAAGCCCAGAUCCAAGGAGAUGUUUCGAAAGCACUGCCUAGCAGGGCAUCGCCCGUGGCGGGCGGACUGUGCUGCAUGUGUGGACUCCAUGGCCCAUAUCAGACCUCACCGUCGCCUUAAGAUGUCCCGGGUUUGUGGCUUGAACAUUGACGUUUCGGGCCCUCAUAGGACGGCCGAUUCGGAAGAUCAAGAUGUCGCUCGCCCUAGGUAUUUUCUGGUUGGCAACUACUCUUUCCCGAUGUUCCAGUAUCCGGCUGAUGCGAAGCCGGAGUCGGAAUCCAUACCUGUCGAAGCACCCAUCCCCGAUGAGUGGGUUGACGAGCCUGAGGAAAACCCUUUGCCAGAACCGGGGGAGUGCGAGGGAGCGGGAGUCUGGGAGGAAGCUGAAGAGCCUGAUAGGCGCGGGGUGGACUGGAUUGAUGAGGCCAGGGUAAAAGGGGAGAAUAAGAAGUGGGAUACGGUUAUUGCGGGAUGUAAAGAGCCAUCAUAUAAGGUCCUUAAUAUUCCCUUACUUGAAAUCCUGCCGACCAAGUCUCCCCAAGCUAUCGUAAGUGCACUGAACCGCUUCUAUGCGAAACUGCGAAGCUGGGGCCUCCCUGUGUUCAGGCUUCAUUCAGACCAUGCCCAGGCCUUGACUCAUAAAAGUGUGAGUGACUGGGCCGCACACCGUGGAAUAUAUAAGACCACUGCAAUGCCCGAGCAGCCUGCAGGAAUAGGGAAGGCUGAGCAGCUGGUAAAGGCAAUAAAGGCACAGGUUCGAGCCCUGCUGAUAUCCUCCGGUGCUCCGCCAGCUCUGUGGCCACAUGCUGCCCGGUAUGCUUGCGCCAGUUUGCAGAGGAGAGCCCUUCUCAAAGUUGGCCAUGACUCCAAACCAUUGGUUCCCUUCUAUGCUGUUGUCAAGUUUCGGUCGCGUACCUGGAGGGACACUAAGUGGGGGUCAAAGGCCACUCAGGGAAGAUUGGUUGCGCCCAGUACAGAUAUAAGUAAGGGGUACAUAGUAAGGGUGGAUGAUAAUGGGGUAAAUCGUCUGUAUGCAACCACCUUAGUGUAUCGCGACUUCCAGGAGGAGCCUGAACCGCCCACCAUAGAAGGCCCAGAUGAGCCGGCGCCUGUGGUGCUCCCGUCAGGGGCAGUGGUCGGCAGACCGGCGCCUGAAGGUGCGGCCGAAAUUCAGGUGCCGCCUGAAGUUGCAAAUCCAAUAGCUGAGGCACCCAAGGUCUUGCCCGACGGAUCUCUUGAUGUUGAAGCAGAUGACACCUGCCAUGUGCACUUGCUACAGUCCAAUGCCCCGACUGUCGGUGAGUUGGGGGUUGUAGUUGAGGACCUUAGGGGCGAAGCGCUUGAAGCGUCUACGAGGUCCUUGAUGGGGUAUGCCAUGCGUUACCAUGUCGUGUCAGACGAUGAUUUGGACAACCUUGCAGGGCAGAUAGGAAUCCAACCCAUGAACUACCGCUGCCGCAGCAAUAUUGCUGCGUUGCUCAAAGAGUGGUGCAGUCGCUCCGAGGGCAUUCGAGCUAGUAGCACUGGUUGUAGCCGCACUGUAGGGGUGUACCAUUACGGGGGAGUAGUGGGUUUAACGCGUGACCAUGAAAGCUUCCCAGGCAUCACGGCCUUGCUGGCCAACCUGGUGAAACAGUUGACGCCUGGAGUGUGCUUCUCUGCGGUCAGCGUGUCAUGGCAAGCCCGCCAUGUCCCUCACCGAGACAUGCAUAAUGCAAAAAACACACCAAAUAUCCUCAUUCCCUUGAUGCUCCCGAAGCAAGGUGGUCGCUUGUGGCUGUCGGUUGCGCCCGGUGACAUAGUCGUUGGCCCGAUACAAAUGUGCACAUUGCCUGACGGGCAAGAGCAGGCCGGACAGGUUCUUGGUUUAAAGCCCUGGGUUCCCACUGUGUUCGACGCAAAGCGCUGGCAUGCCACUACAUCCUACCAGUCUGAGGAACCCCGCUUGGUGGUGGUUGCCUACAUGCCUGUGCUAGCCGCUCGGCUAACGACUCCGCAGCGUGAUGCCUUGCGUGCGGUCGGCUUUCCUUGUGAUGAUGCGAGUGUGUGUGUUGACGAGGGGCUUCGGGCCUGUCAACAGGGGGAGUCUACUCUUGAUUCUCUUGACGCAGAUUCUGCGUUGGCUGGUUGUUCUUCAGCUGUGAACGUUACUGGCGCGACCUUGCCAUCGCUGGCAGCAUGUGCUGGUGUGAGGCCCUGGUGGUGUCCCCCCGUCCCUGAGCCUGAGACUCAGGAGUAUCCUGCAGAGCCAUCGCCGCGGUAUAACUCCUCUUUAGCCCCUAACGGUUUAGGGCCUUCAACCCUAUAUCAACCCCCUGCGUCCGUGUGUGUGCAGCCUGAGCCUGCCAAAGCUGGUGAUGUUGCGCCGAUGCCUUCAGAUUCCGAUGUUCGCUUGCGUGCUGCAAGGGGGUCCGGGUUAGUGUGGGGGCAGGAGGAGAAACAUGGCCCCAGGUGGUAUCACGCACUUCCUCUGCCGAACCUAGAGCCUGUAGAUGUCGAUAUGUGUGAAGAUGCUGAAGGUUCCGAGGAGCAUCGGGAGGCAUUAAGGGUGAGGCUGGAAGGUCUGAGAUUAUCUGCGUUGGCCACGUUAAGAGAUCAGGAGACCGCUCUUGCAAAAGAUGUGCAGGCAGGCUGUGCGGACUUAGCUGAGUCAGCUGCCACACUUCUGGCUCGGAUUCAUGUGGAGGUCCAGGCCCUUGAAAACUUGCUUGAUUGGUUGUCCGGAUAUGAAAACUAUGACCCCGAGAACGAUGGCCAGCAAAACUCCGACCUUCACUUGAGAGCAGUAAGCGUGGACGAAGGAGAGCAGCUCCUUCAGACCAAAAUAGUGUCCAUAAAUGAGGUGAUGGCCGACAUCGAAGGCUGGAUAGAAGCCCUAAGGUCCGAGCUCACUUCACUGACCGAGGUGAAUGGCGCAACGGGGGUCAUCACAGAAGAGGAGGUUAGACAACUUGAGUCUGAUCCCACCUUAGAAGUUGUAAGGGUGCCGGGAAAAAUUGUUGCGAGCAUUAAGCCGCCCCGAAAGAAGAAGGCUCGGCUGGUAGCUUGCGGAGACUUUCUUAACCGGCCCAAAAACAGAGGAUCACCCACCUUGGAUAGAAGGGAUCUGUACUCAGCAGGUAUGGACACCUUAUCUCUUAGGACCCAAUUGGGGGUGGGGGCUCUUUAUGGGUGGGAUUGCGGGUCUCUUGACGUCAAAACUGCCUUUUUGACUGCUCCUUAUCAGCCAGGCCGGUCAGAUGCUCCUGGAAAACGGAAGGUUGUAGUGGUUCGAGUGCCCCAAGCCAUGAUUGCUGCCGGGUUAUGCCCCCCUAAAUCCUGGUUGCGGGUUUUCGGCGCGCUUUACGGAUUGCAAGAAUCCCCGCAUUCAUGGUCUCUUGACAGGGAUAAAAAACUGAAGUCUGUGGAGUGGGUUGGGGCAUGUGGGCACACCAUGAAAUUUCUGCAAACGAAGUCAGAUGUAUCUAUGUGGCUAAUUUGGGAUACCAAAGAACAGCAAAUCAAAGGAUCCUUAGGAGUCUACGUUGAUGACCUUCUCUUCAUGGCAUGCGGCCCCGAGCUGAAGAAGGCUAUGCAAGCGGUUCAGAACCUGUGGACAUGCUCAGCACCCGAGUUCGCGUCGGGAGAGAAAGGUUUGAAGUUUUGCGGCCUGCAAAUCUGGAAACGGGACGGAUGCAUCUGUGUGGGUCAGCCUGACUACAUUAACGACUUGGCCAAUAGAUAUCCCAAUUUAACGCCCUCCCCUAAUCUCCCGGAUUUGAGACUUGAUCCCGAACCUGAAACUGUGGAGAUCUCUGACAUCCGACAGGGACAGAAGAUAGUGGGAGAGCUCACUUGGAUUGCAAACCGCUCUAGAAUGGACAUUGCCUUUCCAGUGAAUCGCCUUAGCAAACUUGUGCUAAAAUACCCUCGGUAUGUGUGCGAGGCGGGACGCCAACUGAUCCGAUAUCUGCUCUUCACUGUUGACGUGGUUCUUCAGUAUGGUCCCAAUGUCCCUUUCCCUGCUGACUUUGUCGAGGCCUUAGUGAAAAGGCCCAGCGAGCUGGACUUGUGCACCUUUGCCGAUGCGUCUUUCGGUCAGCAAGAUGGGAGGUCGCAGAGCGGUGUGGUGAUCACCCUCAACGGAUCCCCGUUGGGGUGGAUCACCCUCACUCAAGGGUUCAUCACGCUUAGCACAGCGGAAAGUGAGCUCGUAGCUGCAGUCGAUGGUAUGUCUUUCACCCAAGCACUUAAACCUUUGGUCGACGAGAUGUUAGGCAAAGUAACCACUUGGUUCGUGUAUGGGGAUAGUGUAUCGUGCCAAAGUGUCCUCCUUUACCCCGCCGGAGCGUGGAGAACCCGACACCUAAGGCUAAGAUGCCGAUACUACCACGAGUUAAUUGAAGAAGACCUAAUAAGGCCCCACCACAUACCUGGAAAAUUUAUGCCCGCAGACGUCUUGACUAAGCCGAUGAUGUUCCCUAAGUUGGCCAGCCUGUUGGAAAUGGUAGGAGUAGGAGGGAUACCCACCUUAUCUAAAGUGACUAAGUCCGCCCCAAAGAAAAAAGGAACCCCUAACCAGAAAGUAAGUGACAACCCGGGUUCCAGUAGCAUUGCCGGCCCUUCCUCUACAGCAGUGCGACUGCUGGUUUUCGUCAGCUGUGUUCAGUCUGCCCGAGCAUCGGAUGAAAGCGUGAGCGUAGCUGAGGACUCCUGGUUCCUCUGGCUACAGUCCAGCCUUCUGCUGCACCGCCUAAUAAUCGGGUUUCUGAUGGUAAUGGUUGGUGUCUUGGGUUACUUGUGUUCAUGGUAUAAAGGUGAACUAAGGUCCGCUAGGGUAAGGUUGUUGAGAGCUUUGGCCAAUGAGGCGCAACUCGAAGCUCACUUAGAAACCAUGCAGCGUGAGGACCUUGACCGACCUCUUCCACUUGUCCUCCGGGACAACCGGCCUGCAGAGGGCGAGCCUGAGAGCGAAGUGAACUCCGAUGUCGGUGAGCCGGAUCAGGAACAGGAGCCAACAUUGAAUGAUCCGCUGAGUCGCUUGCGUGUCAUCUUGUUUGCCGCCGGUGGCCUUGUGUUUCGCAUGAUUGGGCCCGAUGCUGUGCAGGUCAUGCUUCUCAGGGAGUUGACCCGAGGCAUGAGGUUUGCAGUUGCAACAGCUUAUGAUAACACCCAAGUCCGUGUUCCUGCCCCGCUGGAUGACGAGCCAGAUUCCAGUUGGUCAUAUGACUCUGCCCGCGGAGACUUCUUGUUGGAGUUGGCAGAAAUUCAUGCGCGGUUCCGUGACGAAGAUGAUUACAACCCUGAUGCAGUCCUUGAAGCUUUUGAAAGGUACGAGGCCAAUGGAGGAAUGAUGACAGCAGAGGUCUAUGAACCCCUCAGCCCAUCAGAGUUAGAAGCACUCCAUGAGGCAUUGAGGUAUUGGACGCAGCAUGGGAGGAGAGCAGAUCCAGGCGGUGAGCUUGUCCGGUAUGUAGAUGAUGUUGGCAUCGUAGGACCGCCUCACAUGAUAAAUGAGGAGGUCUGGAGGCUCGAAGCUGAGGCUUUCGGGUACCCGAUAGCACAGGCCGUGCUGUCAGUGGUGCUUCGGGGCUAUGACUUCGAUCUGGACCAGCUGUCUGAGGAAACGCGUCACGAGCUUCACGUUUUGGGCUACGAGCAUCUGUUUGCACCAAACCGGCUACAGGAACCAAGAGCUGAGUUCGAGGGCGAUGAUGAAACUGUUGUCCGGGCUGCGCUUGUGCUGUACCACAGUGGCUAUGGCUUUGACUGGGAGCAAUUCUCAGAGAGGCGGCAGGACAUGUACCACUGGUUCAUGGGGAAUUGGCUCCAGGACCUUCACGAGGUGGAUUGA